ACACCUGUGUCACGGCUGGGGUCCGCCCCUGUAUGUAGACCCCAUGACCGCGACACACGUUCUCUUUCAUUUUCUCGGCGGACGUCCAGUAUGGUUUGAGGUACAAACUUUAUGAAGUUCGCUUGGUGUCACUGAAUGUAAAAGUAUCAUGGUGGACUUUCCACUACGUUGAGCCAUCAACUUUGGAGUUCCUUAACGGAGUUACUCCAUCAUAUGGCUGUUUGUACUGCUUGGAUUAAACAGACUAGAGCGGUUCAAUGGUGCCACGCAAACUGUGCUGAUCCUUCAAGUGGCACCAGUUUAACACAACGGGAAUCGGAUAAAGGACACCAUGGGCAUCAAAUUUUUGGAAGUCAUAAAGCCGUUUUGUGCGGUCUUACCCGAGAUUCAGAAACCGGAGAGAAAGAUUCAGUUCAGAGAAAAAGUACUAUGGACUGCCAUCACUCUCUUCAUCUUCCUGGUGUGCUGCCAGAUUCCCCUCUUUGGCAUCAUGUCCUCAGACUCUGCAGAUCCCUUCUACUGGAUGAGAGUAAUCCUGGCUUCCAACAGAGGUACUCUGAUGGAGCUGGGUAUCUCACCCAUUGUUACCUCUGGUCUCAUCAUGCAGCUGCUGGCUGGAGCCAAGAUCAUUGAGGUUGGAGACACCCCCAAGGACAGAGCACUCUUCAAUGGAGCACAGAAAUUGUUUGGCAUGAUCAUCACCAUUGGGCAGGCCAUUGUUUACGUGAUGACUGGGAUGUACGGAGACCCCUCAGAGAUGGGUGCUGGGAUCUGCCUGCUCAUCAUCAUUCAGCUGUUUGUGGCAGGUCUGAUUGUGCUGCUGCUGGAUGAGCUGCUGCAGAAGGGCUAUGGUUUAGGCUCUGGUAUCUCCCUGUUCAUUGCCACCAACAUCUGUGAGACCAUCGUCUGGAAGGCCUUCAGUCCCACUACUGUCAACACUGGGAGAGGAACGGAGUUUGAAGGUGCCGUCAUUGCCCUGUUCCACCUGUUGGCCACCCGCACAGACAAGGUGCGCGCCCUGAGAGAGGCCUUCUACCGCCAGAACCUGCCUAACCUCUUGAACCUCAUCGCCACAGUCUUCGUCUUUGCUGUUGUCAUAUACUUCCAGGGCUUCAGGGUGGACUUGCCCAUCAAGUCUGCCCGUUACCGUGGUCAGUACAACACCUAUCCCAUCAAGCUCUUCUACACCUCCAACAUUCCCAUCAUCCUCCAAUCUGCCCUUGUGUCCAACCUGUACGUCAUCUCUCAGAUGCUCUCCACACGAUUCAGUGGCAACUUUCUGGUUAACCUGCUGGGCACCUGGUCUGAUACUUCCACUGGAGGACCAGCUCGUGCCUACCCAGUUGGAGGUCUCUGCUACUACCUCUCUCCCCCGGAGUCCUUUGGUUCUGUUUUGGAUGACCCCAUCCAUGCUGCAAUCUACAUAGUCUUCAUGCUGGGCUCCUGUGCCUUCUUCUCCAAGACAUGGAUCGAGGUUUCAGGAUCCUCGGCCAAAGAUGUGGCUAAGCAGCUGAAGGAACAGCAGAUGGUGAUGAGGGGACACAGAGAGACCUCCAUGGUGCACGAGCUCAACCGGUACAUCCCCACGGCUGCAGCUUUCGGUGGCCUAUGCAUAGGUGGGCUGUCCGUCAUGGCGGACUUUCUGGGCGCCAUUGGUUCGGGUACUGGAAUUCUAUUGGCCGUGACCAUCAUCUACCAGUACUUUGAGAUCUUCGUCAAGGAGCAGAGUGAAAUGGGCAGCAUGGGAGCGCUGCUAUUCUAGAAACACCCUCCAACAUGCACCACAGACACACAGCCUCCACCCUCUACAAAUUACUUUUUAUUUUGCAUUGUAUCUAAUGCGCACAAAUCAGUACAUUCUGCCUCUGCGACGCGUCCUCUUUCUCAGCUUCUUUGUGUUCCCAGAAGCUCUUGAGGGCUCGCGCAGACUGGAUCUCACUGGGAAAGAAAGAUGGUACUUGACCCAGUGUUCAGCAUGGACUUGCGUCUGUUCUGUCCCGUUGUUUUUCAAUACCAUUUACCCUCUCUCCAUCUGACCAGCCAGGCUACUCUGCUGAUGGUCUUAUCUUCUAUAGAAGCUUGCUCAAGGAAAUUGAAGACUGACUCCAUUUUAAAGGAGUCUGUUCUUAAACCAACAAGCACUACACCUGGACAUUUUUGGAGAGUAAGUCAUGUCAUGUUCAUUUCAGGUCAUUGUAAGCUGUGCAUGGGGUUUGAAGAGCCACAUUGGGGUAAAGAAAGUAUAAAUAUACUUGUAUAUGUAUCCUUUAAGUGGCUCUGGGAAUCUCCAACAAGCUUUGUUGGUGUAUUUACUUUUUAAAACAUUUUAAUCAUGGAAUAUAUUUGUAUUCAUGCUGGUCCUAUCAAUAGCAUAUGUUAGUACUUUGUCUCUGGGUCCUAAAGGAAAGUGUUUGUGUUGUGGUCUUUCAUUCCCAGACAAUCGCUGUAGAAACUGCCUAGAUGUCAUUGGGUUUGGUAGGAAUGGAAUGGGGUUUCACUUAAAGAGUUUUUUACUUUCUGUAUUGGACAUAGUUAUGAAAUUUGACUAGGAUUUAAUUUUUUAGAUCCUCAUCCCCCACUGAACUGUCAGUGUCCCCAAAUAAAACACUACCAUGGACAUAGGGCCCAUGUCUUUGUUCAGGCCAAUAUUUUUCAAUAAAAAGCUAGAAAACAA